CACGCCGGAGGAGACGUGUAGGGGCCGGGUUCGGCCCUCGUUGAACUUUCACCCGAGCGUAGGGGUUUCUUUUUCCGGGACAAGAUGGCGCCCUCCACGCCGCUCUUGACAGUCCGAGGAUCAGAAGGACUGUAUAUGGUGAAUGGCCCACCACAUUUUACAGAAAGCACUGUAUUUCCAAGGGAAUCUGGGAAAAGCUGCAAAAUUUAUACCUUUAGUAAGGAUGGGACCUUGUUUGCCUGGGGCAACGGAGAAAAAGUAAAUAUUAUCAAUAUCACUAACAAGAGACUACUGCACUCCUUCGACCUCCCAAAGACAGUUUGCCUUGAAUUCUCACCAAAGAACACUCUUCUGGCAACAUGGCAGCCUUAUACUACUUCUAAAGAUGGCACAGCUGGGAUACCCAACCUACAACUUUACGAUGUAAAAACCGGGACAUGUUUGAAAUCUUUUAUACAGAAAAAAACACAAAAUUGGUGUCCAUCCUGGUCAGAAGAUGAAAUUAUUUGUGCCCGAAAUGUUAACAAUGAAGUUCACUUCUUUGAAAACAACAAUUUUAACACAAUUGCAAAUAAAUUGCAUUUGCAAAAAAUUAAUGAUUUUGUUGUAUCACCUGGACCCCAACCGUACAAGGUGGCUGUCUAUGUUCCAGGAAGUAAAGGUGCACCUUCAUUUGUUAGAUUAUACCAGUACCCCAACUUUGGUGGACCUCAUGCAGCUUUAGCCAAUAAGAGUUUCUUUAAAGCUGAUAAGGUUACAAUGCUGUGGAAUAAAAAAGCUACUGCUGUGUUGGUAAUAGCUAGCACAGAAGUUGACAAGACAGGAGCUUCCUACUAUGGAGAACAAACACUGCACUACAUUGCAACAAAUGGAGAAAGUGCCGUGGUGCAGCUGCCAAAAAAUGGCCCCAUUUAUGAUGUAGUUUGGAAUUCUAGUUCAACUGAGUUUUGUGCUGUCUAUGGUUUUAUGCCUGCCAAAGCAACAAUUUUCAAUUUGAAAUGCGAUCCCGUGUUUGACUUUGGAACUGGUCCUCGCAAUGCAGCCUACUACAGCCCUCAUGGACAUAUAUUAGUGCUAGCUGGAUUUGGAAAUCUGAGGGGACAAAUGGAAGUGUGGGAUGUUAAAAACUACAAACUUAUUUCUAAACCAGUAGCUUGUGAUUCUACAUACUUCGCUUGGUGUCCAGAUGGGGAGCACAUCUUAACAGCCACCUGUGCGCCCAGGUUGCGUGUUAAUAAUGGCUACAAGAUCUGGCAUUACACUGGCUCUGUCUUGCACAAGUAUGAUGUCCCGUCAAAUGGAGAGUUGUGGCAGGUUUCCUGGCAGCCAUUCUUGGAUGGAGUAUUUCCAGCAAAAACGAUAACGUACCAAGCAGUUCCAAGCGAAGUGCCCAGUGAAGAGCCUAAAGUUGCGACAGCUUACAGACCCCCGGCUUUACGAAACAAACCAGCUAGCAAUUCCAAAUUGCAUGAGGAAGAACCACCCCAGAAUAUGAAACCACAACCAGGACAUGAUAAGCCGUUAUCAAAAACAGCCCUUAAAAAUCAAAGGAAGCAUGAAGCCAAGAAAGCUGCAAAGCAGGAAGCAAGAAGUGACAAGACUGCAGAUGUAGCACCUACUCCUGCUGCCCAGAGUGUACCCCAGAACGCGGCCUCUCGGUCAGCUUCCGGUGACCCCGAAGUAGACAAAAAGAUUAAGAAUCUGAAGAAGAAACUGAAAGCAAUCGAACAACUAAAAGAACAAGCAGCAGCCGGAAAACAACUAGAAAAAAACCAGUUGGAGAAAAUUCAAAAAGAAACAGCCAUCCUCCAGGAGCUGGAAGAUUUGGAAUUGGGUAUUUAAAAAUUCACUAAAAGCAAAUCAAUACAAACAUCUUUAUUAAGCCUGUUGGUAUACCUGAAAUAUCUAUGUGCCUAUAUUUAAUAUUGGUCUGAAAUUUUAACCAUUUAUCCAAGAUUCUGCAUAUUAUGAAAUUAUUUAAUAGUUAUCUGUUUAUUGACAUUUACAUCCUCUAUUAUGUCAGUACAUGAUAAAGAAAUACCUGAAUUUUUCAGUUAAGCUGGACAAAUUAAGAGAUUCUGGUUUUCAACUGGGGACAGUAAUUUGCUAUGUAAAUGAAUAAAGACAUUUUAAAUUUG